AGUCGGCGCCGAUCUCAGACUCGCGCUGCACACGCGAUCCGUACCCUGCAGCUGACUCGCAGUCCCGGCUGUCGCACCAUGGACUCCCUGAUGCAGGUGGUCAACUUCGGGCCUGGGCCAGCCAAGCUGCCGCGCUCGGUAUUGUUAGAGGUACAAAAAGAAUUAUUAGACUACAAAGGAGUUGGGAUUAGUGUUCUUGAAAUGAGCCACAGGUCAUCAGAUUUCGCUAAGAUUAUCAGCAACACAGAGAAUCUUGUGCGGGAAUUGUUAGCCGUUCCGGACAACUACAAGGUGAUUUUUGUGCAAGGAGGUGGGUGUGGCCAGUUCAGUGCUGUCCCCUUAAACCUGAUUGGCCUGAAAGCAGGAAGGUGUGCCGACUAUGUGGUGACAGGAUCCUGGUCAGCUAAGGCUGCAGAAGAAGCCAAGAAGUUUGGGACUGUGAAUAUCGUCCACCCUAAACUUGGGAGUUACACAAAAAUUCCAGAUCCGAGCACCUGGAACCUCAGCCCAGAUGCUUCCUAUGUGUACUACUGUGCCAAUGAGACCGUGCACGGAGUGGAGUUUGACUUUAUCCCUGAUGUCAAGGGAGCAGUGUUGGUCUGUGACAUGUCCUCAAACUUCCUGUCCAAGCCAGUGGAUGUUUCCAAGUUUGGUGUGAUUUUUGCUGGUGCGCAGAAGAACGUUGGCGCUGCGGGAGUCACGGUGGUGAUCGUCCGAGACGACCUGCUAGGGUUCGCCCUCAGGGAGUGCCCCUCCGUCCUGGACUAUAAAGUGCAGGCUGGCAAUAACUCCCUAUACAACACACCUCCCUGCUUCAGCAUCUAUGUCAUGGGCUUGGUCCUGGAGUGGAUUAAGAACAACGGCGGUGCAGCAGCCAUGGAGAAGCUUAGCUCCACCAAAUCGCGAAUGAUUUAUGAUAUUAUUGAUAAUUCUCAAGGAUUUUACGUAUGUCCAGUGGAGCCCCAGAAUAGAAGCAAGAUGAAUAUUCCAUUCCGCAUUGGCAACAGCAAAGGAGAUGAUGCUUUAGAAAAAAGAUUUCUGGAUAAAGCUCUUGAACUCCACAUGAUCUCCCUGAAAGGGCAUAGGUCUGUGGGAGGCAUCCGGGCCUCUCUGUAUAAUGCUGUCACCAUCGAAGACGUCCAGAAGCUGGCGGCCUUCAUGAAGAAUUUUUUGGAGAUGCACCAGCUAUGAGCACACCCUCAUCAACAUAUACUCUGCCCUGAACAAUGUACAAAAUUGAAAGUAAUUAGGGAACGGCUACAAACACUUCACAAGCACGGUAUCGGUAUUUUUCUUGAAUGAACAUACUUAUGAUAGGUUCUUUUUUUCAGAGAACAACAGCAACACAUUCCACAGCUCUGCAAAGCUGUUGGGACUUAACCUUAAUUCUGACUUGAACUGGAAGCAUUUUAAAAAAAUCUUCCUCUUGCUUUUCUAAUGGUUACUAGCUUAUGUGGUCUUUGCUGCUACUUUUUCUACCUAAAUCUCAUAUUCAAAGCUGCCUGUGGGUUUAAGGAUGCAAAUUGCAGAUAAUUAUGUUUAGAGACACACAAGCACACAGCAUGGAGGGUAGGUGGGAAUUUUGAGCCUUUGGAAAAUGAUAGCAGUGAGGUCUCCUGGGUUCCAGCCGUGUGGUGACUGUUUAGGAGUUCUAGACUAAAGAGCAAACUGGAGAUCUUUCUUUAUACUGUUAUUUUCAUAAAGAGAGAAAAAUCACAUGAUACUCGUUUCUAUAGCAAGGUCUGUUUUUAAUACCAAAUAGUUUAUAUAGCUCUAUGAAUUCAUAUUUCUAAUAACAAGGUUCUCGAUGAUAUACGUAGAGACUCUGAGAAUUUGUUAGGCUCCCUGACCUUGUGCGUUAUAGUGUUGCAUUCUCGACAGUUAUGUCCCUCCUCCCCACAUCCACUUCCCUUUUUGAGCUGUUUCACAAGAUUUGGAAGCUCCUUGAUUCACUUUUACUCAUUUCUGUGGGUAGAAGAAAGGAUGGUUGAUCGGUUCUUCAUUUUUCACUUAUGCUGUUAAGCUGAAAGUGUCUGUUAGACUCCCUUAUUGUUUGUUCACGUGACUGUUCUCUUUAUGGUAUUUGACCAGUGAUGCUGUGAGUUCUGGAAGAUCAUUGCUGAAGAGUCUUUUCCCCUAUUGUUCAUCUGUGGUCAGUGUUUUUUGUUGAACAUGUGAAGGACAUUAAAGUCCUAAAACAUCUAAA